ACCCCGGGAGGCGCAGAGCUCCCCGAUUCCGGCAGCCAUGAGUGAGCACAAGGGCCCUGUUGGGCUAAUGUCCUCCGCGGUGGCCCCGGCCAAGGAGCCCAACGCCAUGGGGCCUCGAGAGGUGGAGCUUGUCCUGGUCAAGGAGCAGAACGGGGUGCAGCUCACCAACUCCACCCUCAUCAACCCGGCCCCCGGCCCCGCUGAGGCCCAGGAGCGCGAGACCUGGGGCAAGAAGAUUGAUUUCCUGCUGUCUGUCAUUGGAUUCGCGGUGGAUCUGGCCAACGUCUGGCGGUUCCCCUACCUGUGCUACAAAAACGGCGGGGGAGCCUUCCUGGUGCCCUACCUGCUCUUCAUGGUGAUCGCUGGGAUGCCCCUCUUCUACAUGGAGCUGGCCCUUGGGCAGUUCAACAGGGAAGGGGCUGCUGGCGUCUGGAAGAUCUGCCCCAUCCUGAAGGGCGUGGGCUUCACGGUCAUCCUCAUCUCGCUGUAUGUGGGCUUCUUCUACAACGUCAUCAUUGCCUGGGCGCUGCACUACUUCUUCUCCUCCUUCGCGGCGGAGCUGCCCUGGACCCACUGCAACAACACCUGGAACAGCCCCUACUGCACCGAUGCCCCCGCGGGCAAUGCCAGCGACGGCCCCGGCCUCAACAGCACCUUCGGGACCACGCCUGCCGCCGAGUACUUUGAGCGUGGCGUGCUGCACCUGCACCUGAGCCGCGGCAUUGAUGACCUGGGGCCACCGCGCUGGCAGCUCACAGCCUGCUUGGUGCUGGUCAUCGUGCUACUCUACUUCAGCCUGUGGAAGGGCGUGAAGACCUCGGGCAAGGUUGUGUGGAUCACAGCCACCAUGCCCUACGUGGUCCUCACUGCCCUGCUCCUGCGUGGGCUCACCCUCCCGGGGGCCAUCGACGGCAUCUGGGCCUACCUGAGCGUGGACUUUUACCGGCUCUGUGAGGCGUCGGUGUGGAUCGAUGCGGCCACCCAGGUGUGCUUCUCCCUGGGGGUGGGCUUUGGGGUGCUGAUCGCUUUCUCCAGUUACAACAAGUUCACCAACAACUGCUACCGUGACGCGAUCCUCACCACCUCCAUCAACUCCCUGACCAGCUUCUCCUCAGGCUUCGUGGUCUUCUCCUUCCUGGGGUACAUGGCCCAGAAGCACAGCGUGCCCAUUGGGGACGUGGCCAAGGACGGCCCCGGGCUGAUCUUCAUCAUCUACCCCGAGGCGAUCGCCACGCUCCCGCUGUCCUCGGCCUGGGCCGUGGUGUUCUUCAUCAUGCUGCUCACCCUGGGGCUCGACAGCGCCAUGGGGGGCAUGGAGUCCGUGAUCACUGGGCUCAUCGACGAGUUCCAGCUGCUGCACCGGCACCGGGAGCUCUUCACACUCUGCAUCGUGCUGGGCACCUUCCUGCUGUCUCUCUUCUGUGUCACUAACGGCGGCAUCUACGUCUUCACGCUGCUGGACCACUUUGCCGCUGGCACGUCCAUCCUCUUCGGGGUGCUCAUCGAGGCCAUCGGAGUGGCCUGGUUCUACGGUGUCCAGCAGUUCAGCGAUGACAUCAAGCAGAUGACCGGGCGGCGGCCCAGCCUGUACUGGCGACUGUGCUGGAAGCUGGUCAGCCCCUGCUUCCUGCUGUUCGUGGUCGUGGUCAGCGUUGUGACCUUCAGGCCACCCCACUAUGGCACCUACGUCUUUCCCACCUGGGCCAACGCACUGGGCUGGGUGGUGGCCACCUCCUCCAUGGCCAUGGUGCCCAUCUACGCGGCCUACAAGUUCUGCAGCUUCCCGGGGUCCUUCCGAGAGAAACUGGCCCAGGCCAUCACACCCGAGAAGGACCGUGAGCUCGUGAACCGAGGGGAGGUGCGCCAGUUCACGCUGCGCCACUGGCUCCUGGUGUAGUUAAGCAGCGACCUGGCCAGCCGGGCAGACCUCGCCAGGGAGAGGCGCUCGGAGAAGAGGGCUGCAUCCACCCUGGAACCUCAACUUCGCGGACCAAUACCCGGUGGGCUCCCUGUGUCCAGUGUCACUGUGAGGCUGACUGGUCCCCGCCAUGCUGGCUGUCCACCCCGGGUCGUGAACCUGGUCCCGAGGAGGCCUCGCGACUGUACAUACGCUGUGCCGGCCCCGUGCCCGCCAGACGCCUGCUCACUGGUGUUGCUCAGAUUUGAAAGCCAGGUCCCCUGCCAUGUCUGAGUGGGCAGAGGCGGAGGGAAGAGUCCGGCACACCAGACCCUCUCCCACAGCAGGCUGGAACCAAUGGUGCCCGAGGGUGCCACUCUGUGUCACAAAUGCAGGCUCUGCCCUGGGCCACGAGGACGAGGGGCCGGUGCACGUGCGGGGGACGCUGUCUCCCCGCAGCUGAGAGGAAAGACUGCAAGGGCCCAGUCAGGCUGCCGCUGUCCUGUGUGGGGUCCUGGCCGGCUCGCAGCCCACUGUGGACACCAGCCAGAGUGCGUCCCCACCCGAGGCCCCUGUCUGCGGCCUGGGGGGUCUCAGGCACACGUGACACAUUGGGACCCUUGACCUGCUAGGGACUGGCAUUUUAAAUCCUAUUUAUCUGUGUCAAAACACACGGUUCAUUUCUGCAGAUGUUUGCCGAUGCUCUGGGUUUUGUUUACAAGAAUAAUUAGCAAUACCAGUGACGGCCGAUGGUGGCGGGGACCCUCUCCUGCCACCCUCCCUCAGCAUGUGGCCUGUUCCUGCCAUGAGGCCCGGGAAGCUGGCCUGUCAGUGGUAGGACUGCUUGCAGUCAUGGCCGGGGAGCUGGGUCACCGUCCCGUUCCUGAGGGCUCCAUGUAGAAGCCAGGUGUCAUCAGCCUCUGUCUCCGUCCCCGUAGUCAGU